UAGGAACAGGUUUAAAGCAUUCAGGAUUAGUAUUUCCGUUUAGAAUUCUACUUCUCUCAUUGGUCAAACUUCUUGAGAGCUUCCCUCCUACAAAUCAGCAUGAAGCCAACUGCAAGUAGUGAGUAACUGUUGUAAGGUGAGGUGUCUGAGGAAUUGGACAGCGGUCAAUCAGAACUGGUUUCCUGGAAGUAAUAGCAACGUUAACAUGAAACGUUACUUUAUAUAUCGAAGCUGUCCCAACGAGAUUGGGAUGAUGGCUGAUAAACAGAAGAAGAGCAAAAAGAAGUUGCAAGCUACAUCCAGCUUGGAAAACUAUUCCAUAAUGCCUGAGAACCAGCAAAGAGAUAAAAUACUGCCUUUAAGGUUACAAUCCAUUGACAUACCUGACGUAAAAAUUGAAGAAGAGUCGUACCUUGGAAGAAGACGAUCCUCCUCUGCUUCUAUUAUCAAGUCCAAUGCCACAUUCCACAAACAGUUUAAAGACCUUCCUGAAACUGAGAAUGUGAUUGACAGUUUCAAAUGUGCCUUGCAUAAGGAAGUCCCAUACCAUGGCAAGAUGUAUGUUACAGACAAUUUUAUCUGUUUCUACAGCAGCAUUUUAAAGGAAACCAAGCUUGUUGUUCCGGUCACUGAUGUGGUUGUGUUGAAGAAGCAGAACAUAGCCCUCCUUGUCCCCAAUGCCCUUUGUAUCAAGACAUCGGAAGGAGAGAAGCAUUUGUUUGCAUCACUAAGAUCAAGAGACUUUACUUUUAAAGUUCUGAAAACAGUUUGUUCCCAUCUGGAGAAUACAAGUUCCACCAAUAGCCCUCAGAUUUCAACACCUGAAAAUAGCUAUGAUGCUGAGUCUAAAAUAUUACAGGAACUGAAUCAAUCUAGUUUUGAAGAGAAAAGCCAAGAGCUGGACACAGUUGACUGCAUUCCAGAUUCAUCACAAUCAACGUCCAGCACAGAUUCUGCUGACGUAUCCAGAAACAAGGCUCUUUGUAAUGAGAAGAAAGGUCAACCUAUUGAAGAAACCUUGUACAGCAAUGGCAACUCCUGGUUUACGAAAGUUAUAAAGAAAGUGAAAUCAUUUGCUGCAUUUCAUGAAUCGACAACAUUUAACACACUCAUCAUCAUCUAUGUCCUGCUAGUACUGCUGUUGCUGAUUUCAUCAGGGUACAUUGGCUUAAGAAUUGUGGCCCUUGAGGAGCAACUGAUGUCCAUGGGAGCCUGGCCAGAGUUUCAUACGCAAAGCGAGUACAAAAGCACAUGAAGUUGGACCAAACCUCAAAGACAAGGAUUUGUACCCUUUUCCUUCAGCUGGAUGUCCAGUGGGCAUUGUGAAUGGCUUUUUUUGACUGGAAAAAUACCUCUAAAUCUGGAACACUCUUUAGUCUGCAAAACACUAAAUAUUUAAGUGGUGCUCUACUUAUUGUAUAGAGACAUUUAUUGUGAAUGGCCUAUUAUUUUGAGGCAAGUGGCACUUGAUGGUUCAAGGAAAAUAAGUGAGUUUCAAAUCGGUUUGAAAGGAUUUGAGCAUGAAAACAUGACUGAGGCUACAUGACCAAUUUCUGAUGAGCACCAGCAAACAAUGUCAUGGGGAACCUUGAACUUUUUUUUUGAGGAGGAGGAUCUUGAAAAUUUCACAUUAUGAAAAAUGUUUACAUGGACAAUGGAACAAUAACAAUGCAAAAUAAUGCUGUUGAGGAUUUGGUCUCAAUGCCAUAGGAGAUAGAAAUUAAGCAGUAGAUUUGAAUUUAAAUAAGUUUGCCCAAGUUGAUUGUGAAGAUGAAAAUAAAUGACUGCAGAAUAGUCUUGAUUAAUUGUUUGCAGCAAUGGGAAUUGCAACAGGUUUAUUCCAUUCUGCAGGGAUUGAAUUUUGACUGUCGUAUGCAAUACUCAACCUGAAACUAGAACGAAGGAAACAUUUUUUUAAAAUCCUGUGAUAAAUGGAAGUAAAUAUAUGCAACUAAAAUGCAAAACAAGAAACUAACUUCUCCCUGACAUUCACUACACAUCAAGUUUAUAUGCAUUAUAUGAAUUUGUUAAAUUGAUCACACUCUGGAAACAUUAAAAAUUUUAAAACCUAGCUUUUUUUAAAUUUAAAAUUGUCUAAAAGCCCUCAAAACUUGUUCUGACCUUUUCAUUAAAAGUUAAUGGCUGAUAUUUAAAAUGAACCUCUCCCUACUCAACUCCUGUAAUCUUUGAGUUUAAUAGAUUUUUUAAAAACUUAAUCUUGAAUAUACUCAUGCACAGUUCUCUGGCCUAACGAAUUCUAAAUACUUACGAAUUAGUGAAGAAAUUCCAGCUCAUCUUGGUCUCCUUGAGUGUAUUCUAUUAUGACAUACCAUCUAUAUUGCAUUAUAUUUACAUAACAUACUCCUAUUUGAGCAGGACCUGGAAUUUAGAAAUAUAGUCUAAGCAAAGGUAUAAAUCAUCUGGAACUAUGGAUCAGGUUUAAUCUAAAGCCAGGGGAAAGGUCAGUUAACAUCUUUAAAAUGACUUGUGUUCUGCUGACAACUUUCACAAUUUGUAGGCUGACAUACAGAACACUUGAUACAAAUUUACUGUAUUUCAAGUUUCACUGUUAGCAGGAAAUGGAAUCAUACUUGAGAUGGUGCUAAGAAAGUAAAAGAGUGAUUAGAAUGAAGUUAGAAACUAAGUCACACAACUAUAAUAUAUGAAAUGUUGACAUGUCAUUUGCUCUUUUUAUAUCCUCCCAUGGACAAAUGAAGCAGGAAAAAUAUAAUACUAAAGAUGAGUUUGCAGUAGGCCUCAGCAUAAACUUCAAUGAAAAAAUACUACACAAACUAAUGUGGUCUAGUCAUCAUGUUUACAAGUAUGAACUGUGUUAAAAGUUAUAUAUUUAUAGGACAUUUCCUAUAAACAUAAUCACAAUACCUAAUCUCAGAGUUUGCAGAAGGUCCAUAUUGUCUCAAUAUAUUAUUCAUAAUUUUUCCUUCAGUCCUAAACUUCACCACAAUGAAUAAAUCCUGAUUUUAACCAUGUAUAUCCCAGUGCUUUAAAAAAAGAAAGAUUAAAGAGGUCAAGUCUAAAGAACACGGUGCAAAUAAGUUCCAUGUUCAGGAGUAAGGAGCACAAUAUCCCACACUCAGCACCAAGAUGGUUGUACAAGGCAUGCAGUUUUGUGCGAGUGAAGGUACAUCUAUUUCCCUAGGUCAUUGCCUUUAACUCUCUUACUCCAAACAAUAAGCCUAUUUUAUCCAGCCAUUCCAAUUAUAUCAGCUGCUUCUGGUCCUCAAUGCCCAGAGUGACAAACAGUUUAAAAAUGGAACGACUCUAUCAAAUUUAAUUCAUUUGAUUGAGCUUUUAACACAAUGUCAUCCAAACCUAGUAUGCUACAAAAUUAUAAUAAAACAUCCUGUGAGAUGUUGUGGGUCAUUUGCCUUUGGACGGUGUGGAAUGCUGGGCCAGCUAGUGGUGGCAAGUGUGCUUGAAGGGUGGUGAGAAAGCCUCUUCCCUCUGGUCGCAAAGCAAAGCUGGAGAAGCACGCACUUCAGAAUCUGACAGCUAACAGUGCCUGUGGAAAACAAAGCUUCCCAGUACAAAUAUUGUUUCUGUUCUAUUUAUGUUUUAUGCUGAUUUCACAGUAUUUCCAUAUGUUAAUGCAAUCAUUAAUAACAGGGCUUUGAUUUAAGAAUUUUCUAUUAUAAGUUUAUAAAAGAAAUGUAAUGAUUCUAUUGAACCUGCACUAAUUUAUGUUCCAUUUCUGUGAAAUGAUAUUUUGUAGUCUAAACUAUCAGCAAUAAAAAUAAUAGUGUACUA